CUACACGUGGUAUACAAUACAAUAGAUUUUGCCAUUGCCACCAUCCCAGUUUUUGGGCAAAUACAUACUAAUAUUCAUUAUUAUUAUUUUUUAAUAAACUUAACUUCCAGGUUAAAUAGACCAAUUGUAAAAAACCGAGAUGCCGAAAUCCAAAAGAGACAAAAAAAUUUCCCUAACAAAAACUGACAAAAAAGGACUGCAACUUAAACAAAAAAUAGUGGAAGAUGUGAGAGGUUGCGUGGAGAAGUUCAACAGUAUAUAUUUAUUCACAUUCAAGAAUAUGAGAAAUGAAAAAAUGAAAGAAGUCAGGGAGAUAUGGAAACCUAGCAAGUUCUUUUUUGGAAAAAAUAAAGUUAUAGCCAUAGGAUUAGGAAGGAAUGCUGAAGAAGAAGUAGCAGAUGGUUUACACAAGUUCUCAAAAUGCCUCAAAGGUCAGUGUGGAUUACUAUUUACUGACUGUACUAAACAAGAGGUAGUUGACUGGUUUGAAGAUUAUUCUGUAGAAGAAUAUGCUAGGUCUGGUUUUAAAGCUACUAAAACAGUAACCCUAAAAGAAGGUCCUCUUAAGCAAUUUGCUCACUCAAUAGAACCUUAUUUAAGGCAGCUUGGAAUGCCUACAAAGCUGGAUAGAGGUGUGGUUACUUUAAUAAAAGAUUUUGAAGUUUGUAAAGAAGGAAGCAUAUUAACCCCAGAACAAGCAAAAAUUUUAGAAUUAUUAGAACAUAGAUUGGCAACCUUUAAGUUAAUACUGAAAGCCAAAUGGACCAUGGGCGAGGGUUUUGAGAAAAUUAUUAGUAAAAAUAGCGGUGAAGGGGAUGAAGAUGAGGAAAUGGAAAGCGAAAGAGAGGAUGAUUGAGACUGCGCGUGCGACAUUUGUUUUUAUUUUUAAGAGUGAUUUUGUAUGUGUAAAUAAAUUAUACAAAAAUUAAAAAACCUAA